UUGCGGUCCGCUGGAAAAGAGCCACAGUUUUCUGGUUCUGGAAAAAGGAGAUAAAGUACAUCGUUUACUCAAAGGUCAUUAAUAAGGGGAAAACAAUGGAGCUCAUCAUCACAGAUAUAAGUGGAUCAACACAGCAUGUGAAUGUUCUGCCAAAUACCACCAUCGGUGAACUGAAGCAGAACAUUGCCCCUCACUUUGGGGCAAGAGCCUCACGCCUGAAGCUUUCAGCCAGUGGUCAGAUUCUGGAUAAUGACCAGAAGACUGUGAGCCAAUACGGUCUGAGUUCAGGAUCCACCGUGAUGCUGCUGAUCUCCAUGAGCCCCGUUUCAUUUCAGGUGUUUGUGAAGAAUGAGAAGGGACAGAUAAAGACAUACGACAUCACUGAUGAAGAGACAGUCGAUCAGCUGAUGAUGAAGAUCUACCAGAAAGAACGAACACCAGUGGAUCAGCAGCGGCUAAUCUACAAUGGCAAACAGCUCCAGUGUGGCAGGAAGCUGCAGGAUUACGACAUUGGUCCAGGAGGCAUAAUUUAUAUGACCUUUCGUCUGCGUACCGGCUGAUGGUACAUGAUAAGUUCAUUUUUGUCCUUUUUAACACCACAGGACAAAAGAUACUACUACUACUACAAAUAAUAAUAAUAAUAAUAAUAAUACUUUACUGAGUAUGUUGUAUGUGAUUUGAGUGAUUUGAUCAGUCAGCUUAUUCUCCUAUUUAACCACCAUUUUAAGAAAGUAAUCACAUCUGGAAACCUCUGUACUUCUCUUUCCUGACACACUUCUGCAGAUGCUUUCAACACACACUUAGAUACCCUACAGUAAUGGCAGGGUUGAAUGAUAUCAGCAUAAAUGGUCAAAUUUAUUUAUUGAUUUAUUUAUUGUUGCUAUUUAUUAUUUAACAACACAAUAAUGUACACAACACAACAAUGUACACAACAAUGUAAACACAACAUAACAAUGUAUAACCAUCUUUCAUAUGUAUGUAAUAAUCUUUAUUUAGUAACAAGACCAAAACAUACUCUUGAUUUUCAAACUUAAAUUGUAAGUUAAAUAA